CUGGGCCGUGUUGCUGUGUGGGAGGGGGGACGAUCUGAGCUGUGAGCUCGUUCAGCCAUGUUAGUUUCCUUCUGCUGUUCACAAACGAUGAGAGAGGAGAGUCAUGGCCUUGUCAAUGAGCGGAGACGAUGAAGAAUAUGAGUCAGAGUCCGAGCAGCAGCGAGCAGUCAACCGUCCGAAGCCAAAGAUGGGGUCGACGUCGGCCGUCAAGCUGCCGUCCAACCGGAGCGCGUCGGGAGCCAGGCGCAGGAGAACGCGCUGCCGGAAGUGCGAGGCGUGUCUCCGCACUGAAUGCGGAGAGUGCCACUUCUGCAAGGACAUGAAGAAGUUUGGGGGUCCGGGGCGCAUGAAGCAGUCCUGCAUCAUGAGGCAGUGCAUCGCGCCCGUCCUGCCCCACACGGCCGUGUGCGUGGUGUGUAAAGAGGCGGGGAAGGAGGACACGCUGGAGGACGAAGAGGAAAAGUUCAACUUCAUGCUAAUGGAGUGCUCCAUCUGCAACGAGAUCGUCCACCCCAACUGCCUCAAGGUGAGCGACGCCUCAGGUGUGGUGAACGACGAGCUGCCUAACUGCUGGGAAUGUCCCAAAUGCAACCACGCAGGCAAAAGUGGAAAAGUAUUGAAGCAAAAAAGGGGCCCCGGGUUCAAGUACGCCUCCAACCUCCCCGGCUCUUUGCUGAGGGAACAGAAGCCCGCGAAGGAGGAGGGGGACCUUUCCUCUGCGACCAAGAGGAAGCCGGACAGAGACGAGACGCCGAGAUACAGGACCGAGGAGGCUCUCCAUCGGCAGCCGCCGCUGCUGUCCCCCAGCGGCCUGCCGAGGCCCAGACCCGAGGACAAACUGAGGAAGAAGAGGAAGCUUUUCGAUGACGACGAUGAAGAGGACCUCAACGUGAGGAAGAAGUUUGCCACAAACUAUGUAGGCGACAUAAGCAAACAUGUGGAAGAAAGUCGUCUGGACAAGUCAGACGACUCGUACAUUUCUAAACUUCUCCCCCAAAUCAAGACGGAAAAGGAGGAGGAAGAUGAUGAUGACGAGGAAGGCGGAAGGGAGCAUUCUUUCCGCAGCGGCGUGGACAGGAAAGGCCGCUUCGGAGAGGCUGAAGAGGAAGGGGACUACAGGGACUCCAGAAACGACUCGUUGAAUUCUUCCAUCAAAACCCCACUUGGAGACAGUGACCACUCUCUCUGCAGCUCUCCGCAGGCCGGCCCCAGCAGCGAGGGCGGCAGCGAGACGCAGGAAAGGGGGCCCCGUCCGAAGGCUCGCCGUAAGCGGCGUCUGCCCAACAGGGAGCUGAGCCGAGAACUGAGCAAAGCACUGAACCAGGAAAUCCAGAAGACCGAGGACUGCCUGGCCAACGAGAACAGGCAGCCGCUCAAGGUGGAGCCGGAGACGGAGAACGAGGAGCCAAAGAAGCUGUUCCGCAACGGUAACGAACUCGGCGACCAGAGGUCCCACCUCAAGACCAAAGAGAUGAACGGGAACACCUGGGAUUUGCGCCACUUUUACCCAAGUCAGAUCACUCCCCUGGGCUUCAACCGGAGCACGCCGACUACGCGGCCGGUGCCGCCGCGCUCCCCGCCCAAGUGCGUCCAAAUGGAAAGGCACGUAAUCCGGCCGCCUCCGAUCAGCCCGCCUCCCGACAGACUGCCCCUGAAAGAUGGGAAAGCACACAUCCUCCAGCGCGAAGUCUGGAUGAAGAUAUUCGGCUAUCUGUCGCACCAGGAGUUGUGUGUCUGCAUGAGAAUCUGCAAGACUUGGAACCGAUGGUGUUGUGACAAGAGACUUUGGACAAACAUCGAUUUAAACCGCUGCACCUCCAUCACGCCGCUCAUGCUCAGCGGGAUAAUCCGCAGACAGCCGGUCUCCUUGGACCUCAGCUGGACGAACAUUUCCAAAAAGCAGUUGAGCUGGCUCAUUAAUAGAUUACCAGGUCUGCGAGUGUUAAAGCUGUCAGGUUGUUCCUGGGCUGCCGUCUCUGCACUCUGCACGUCCAGCUGCCCCCUGCUACGCACUCUGGAUGUCCAGUGGGUGGAGGGACUCAAAGACGCACAGAUGAGGGAUCUCCUUUCACCGCCCACAGACAACAGACCAGGUCAGCUGGAUAAUCGCUGCAAGCUGCGGAACGUGGAGGACCUGCGGCUGGCAGGGCUGGACAUCACCGACACGUCUUUGCGUCUCAUCAGUCGACAGAUGCCUCUGCUCUCCAGGCUAGACCUGAGUUACUGCAACCACAUCAACGACCAGUCUGUGAACCUGCUCACUGCAGCAGGAACUACAACCAGAGACUCACUCACAGAAAUCAACCUAUCAGUUUGUAACAGAGUCACCGAUCAUUCAUUGAACUAUUUCAAGCGCUGCGGCAGCAUCUGUCAGAUCGACCUUCGCUUCUGUAAGCAGGUGACCAAGACGGCCUGUGAGCACUUCAUUGCAGAGAUGUCUGUGAGCGUCCCGUUCAGACUGAAAGAGGACAAGUUGCUGCAGAAGAUAAGCUAGUUUCCAUCGGGACGGGAAAAAAAAAAAAAAAAAUCCAAUGUUUUAAGACUGUUUUUGCACUUAAA